AACGCCAUACUUCCAAGAGCAUUUUUCGGGGCGAGUUUACAUUUUGCGGAUAAUUGUAGAAAAAGCGGUAAAAGAACGUGCAAGCACGAACCGAAGAAUCGCUGCCUAAAUGUGGUCACCACGUGCGACAAGAACGCCACGUUUAAAGCGCUGAAACCGUCAGUUCCUGGCCAAGAAAAGAGCGGUUCUUUGGCGAGGGCGAGCGAAGAAAAUUAAGUGUGGUGGGAAUCGGAAUCGGGAUUCUACGCAUUGUACGCCGUAUCAGCUGCAGAAGACUGUGUGCACCCCAAGCGAAGCAGGCGAAACCAAAACAAAACAAACUCGUUUGGCCAACUAUGAGAUCGUAGGACGGACGGCACGCCAUUCAAUUCGACCGCCAUGGACAAGCGGUUCAAGUGGCCGCUCAAACAGCGGGCCAUCUACUCGGAUUCGCCCUAUCACCACAAUCCGUCGCGUGGCUACCAGAGGCAUCAGCACGGCGGCCACCCCAAUCAGCCGCUGCAUCCGCACCAGCAUCCCGGCAAGAGUUACGCGCGCCAGCAAUACGGCUAUAGCCAUGGCGGCGGCUACCGCAAACCAAUGCCGCCGCCUCCUCCGCCCGUGGCUCAGUCGCAGAUGGGGGGCGGGGCAAUGGCGCCUCCCUCGUCCGGCGGGUCUGUGGGUGCCGGCGCCGAUAUGGUCACCCUCAUCGUGGAGAACAACAACCUCAAGCGCAUGAUUGUGCUCCAUUUGAAGUUGAUGCAGGAGCAGACGGACAGCCUGGCGGCCAAGGACAAGGACCUGGACGAUCAGAGCGCCAGGAUGGGAGUAGUGCUGGCGCAGAAUCAGGAACUAAAGCAGGCAGUCGCUAAGCUAGAGGCCGCCAACGAGGAUCUGCGCAAGCAACUGCUGAGGAAAAACCAGCGGCGUAACGACGAUGAUGACGACGACGAUGAUCACUCACUGCCACCUGCUGCCCCCCAGCAGAAACCGAUCCGCUGUCAUGCUGAGACGCAAACUGUUAUCAGGGAGCGGGAGCAGUGCACUCAGACGAUGGAAGUCCCGCCGCUACGGGUCGAGGUACAGCCAAGGAGUUUGAAUGCGGAGGAAACCCCUGCGGUUCCCCACCAUCCUGGAGUGGCCACGAAUACGCCAGGCAACAAGCGCUCGGAGAGCAAAAGCCGCGAGUUUAAUGGCAAAAAAGUGAGCACCUUCAUCCUGCAGCGCAUGAAUCAGGACUCCAAGCAUCACAUCCAGGAGCAAACGGACCAGCCGGAAGAACAGGCGAUGCAGACGCAUGAGGAGCAGCUGCAGCAGGAGGAGGACGAUCAAAUACGGGAGGAGGUUCAUCUCCCGGAGGAGGACGACCAUCUUCAAGAGGAGGUUCAUCUCCCGGGAGAGGAUGACCAUCUGCAAUUACAAGAAGUGCAAACUGAAGAAGUUGUUGGGGGCGACAUUUUUCACGAUGCUUUGGAAUCCAUUGAAAUGGAGGUGGUUACCGAGGAGAUGGUGGUAUUAGAGGAGCAUGUACAUUCUGUGGAUGCUAACGGCCAUAUGGAGGAAGACGAUGAGGAGGAAGAAGAUCAGAGGAAUUCGGAUGAAGACGACGACAGUGAGGAGGACGAUGAAGAUGAGGAGGAUACUCAAUCGUUGGAAACCGAUUCGGAAACCUUUUCAACGGAGGACGAGUUCUGGCAGAAUCAGAUAAGGUCUAUGGGGUUGGAGAAGGCCUUGGCGCCAUCGGCACACUCAACCCCCAAUCGUCAGACGAAGCUUCUGCCACAUGCGGAGGUUGGGAAGGAGGAGCAUCAGGACUGGAAGGCUGAAAAGCUGCUGCAACUGGAUCACGAUAUAAAAGUGGAAGCAGCACAAUUGGAUCAGCAACUAAAGACCCUUGACCAAAUGGUGGGGGACGACGUCAUCGUCUCAGAAAAAAAGAGAAUCAAUCAUCAGCCGAAGCCCCUGCCACAUGCGGAGGUUAGGAAGGAGGAACACCAGGAUUGGAAGGCUGAAAAGCUGCUGCAACUGGAUCACGAAAUAAAAGUGGAAGCAGCACAAUUGGAUCAGCAAUUAAAGACCCUUGACCAAAUGGUAGGGGUCGACGUCAUGGUCUCAGAAAAAAAGAGAAUUGAGGAAGAAAAGAUUGCAGGACACGCAUUGAAAGCCCUGCUUUUCUCUCAGGAAGCGGCGAUCAAACAGAAGGAGGACGAGGUGGCGGAAAUACGUAAGGAUCAACAGAAGCAUCAGGAUAGAGCGACAGAUGAUCAAAAAGCAAUACAGAAGCAGCCGGAACUUCCCAAGGCGGAGCUUAAACCGGAUGAUCCGCCCAAGGAGCAUAAGCGACAGGAUGUUCGCGUGGAAAAACCGGAGGAGGUACGCGUGGAAAAGCCGGAAGAGGUACUCGAGGAGCAGAAAGAAGUCCUCAAAGUGCAACCGGAAGAUGCACCUAAGCAGCUGUUAAAAGCGGUAGCACCUAAGGUAGCUGCUGUCCCAAGUACAUCAGUUAGGGAAACCAAGUUGCCCAAGGCCAACACCGCUGACAUGAAAGCUACCCCUGCUCAAAAAGUUAUAGCCAACCAUCAGUCCACCAAAACACAAACCGAACCCGUGAAAAAGCAGCGGUUGCAAGUUAAAAUCAGGCAGUAUGAGAUGUUGUCUGGCAUUAGGACCACCUCAUCCGCCCAGUACGAUUCACGAAAACACAAGAACAGUGAUCCGGACCCGGAGCCCGAGACAAAUAUCACGAAACAAGAGUUGGUCAAUGAUAAAAGGAUCACGUCGGAAACGACUCGGGGCCAAGAUCAGGAUUUGGACGACGUAGAAACCGUUAAACGCAAACUGCAGGAACAUUUGAAAAAGGAGCUGCUUAGCCAGAGUCAACUUCCCCAGGUUGCGCUAAAAAAACCUAUCAAGGAGAGAACCGUCACAAACCUUAUCUAUCCACCACCUGUAUCCUCCACCACAAUAACUCCAGCACCUACGCCGUCGACGACACCUACGCCGGGCUCUACGCCACAGCCAGCGCUCACAUCCUCGAUAGAACCGGAAAUUCCUGCGUCAAAAUCCAAAUCCAAGGCAGCUGAACAAAUAGCCACUCCGUUGACACCUCAAUCCAAUAGUAGUGUCAGCAGCAGCGCAUCGACAAACAGAAAAACGCUAAACAAUUGUUCACCCCACACGUAUAGCAAGGCAACCGCGAGAUCGGGCAAAUCCAAAUCCGUAUUCCGCACCGCCUCCUUUCCGUACACCACAAGAACGUGGGAGGAUCAGGAGUUUCACUGUGACAACGAGUUUUUCCUGGAAGAGGCCGACGAGCUCCUGGCGGAUAAUCCUAGUCUGGAGAUACCUAAGUGGAAGGUUGUCCCAGUGCAGCCCAGUUCAGAUAAAAGUGAAUUGGAACAACUGAGCGACGCUGCUUUUGAGCGGCGGCACCAAAAGUAUGUGAAGGAUGAGAUCGAUCGCAAGUGCCGGGAUGCACGUUACAUGAAAGAGCAAAUUCGGCUCGAGGGGCUAAGGAUGCGUCGGAACCAAGACGAGGUGUUGGUUGCGCUGGAUCCGCUGCCCACGUCCACCUUCUACCCGCUGCCUGAGGAUAUCGAAGCCAUUCAAUUCGUCAACGAGGUGACAGUCCAAGCGUUCGGAGAAAAUAUGGUCAACAUGGAGGCGCGAGAUGAUUUCGGCGUCGCCUGGGUAGAUGCUGUCGAAGCGACAACCUCCAUAGCCAGGUCGAAGGCACUGGCUGAGCCGGUGGCAACGUUGGCCAGCAAAAAGCUGCCCACCACAGCCGCCGAGGCGAGGCAUCAAGAAAACCACUCCUCCUACGUGUUUCCCAAGAAACGUAAGCGCCAGAAGAAUCGUUAGCCAGGACGCUCCUGGGAGGUCUGCUACGGAAGCUGAGCUAAUGAGUGGCGGUUGGGCUGAGGACGUUGCGUUUACCAUGCUGAUGAUUUUCAUUUUCUAAUUUUUAAUUAUUUCUUAAGCGUAAAGUGAAAGCACCAGAGCUAACAGUAACGAAUCCCAGAGAUCGUCAAGAUGUCAAGUAAUCCAGAUCAGACGAUGUUUAUUGUAUAUAUGGUUUCACAGAUCUGCCCGUGUUUAUUUGUAUAUUGAAGUAAGCGGAGAGAUAAAUUGGGACUUAAAAAUUUUUUUUUGUAGAUCUACCAAUUUGUAAAUUUUUUAGUGAUUAUUCAAAUAAGAUUCUAUUGGAUAUUAAAUGGAAUUUUAAUAGUUAAAA